GCCUGCCUGGGGUAGGGGGCUGGCGAGUGCGGCGGCAGGGGCCGGCUGGAGGUGGGGUGCCAUAGGAGCCAGCUCGGCCCUGCGGAAAAGAGCGGAGCGCGGCCGGCGGCUGCGGCGGGAGGCGGAUCAUGUACUAUGACGAACCUGUGUAUGAAUCUGACGUUACAGCCUUGACUGUUUAUGUUGCUGAUAGAUCUCGUUGUGAAUUGAGUCAUGGAGAGUUUGUACAUCUAUCGUCACAUAAGCCUAAAACAGAUGUUGAUCCCUGUGAGGCAUGGUGCAGUCAGCCAGUUGACGUAUUGAGAGAAUAUUGCAACAUUAUUAAAAUACGCAUGUUUUGGCCUCUUCUCUUCAACGGUGAAGCUAAUUCUUUGCUAGUGGAUUUGUAUUUGCAGACUGUAGACUGGUCUUGGAGGAGACUCUGUGAUGUAGAUAUUUUGGAAGACCUUUGUGAUGUAGUUAAAAAAGUUGUUAAUGUCCCACAUUUUAUCAGUGGCAUACUGAGAAUUGGCAGCAGACAAAGAAAUGAUGUCUUUGAUGUUAGAGAGGUACUUGACUGGGUCAGAUGCACAGGUGACGUCAGUAUCAUGCAGAGGCUGGAGAAGCUUGAAGAGUUUACUUGGAUGUGCCUUGAAAUAUUCUUUACUGAAUGCAAACGUUAUAUUACUAAAGUUGCUUUGGAAGAUUGUAACUUAGUUGAAGAAUUUAAAGCUGUAACCUGUGCAAACUGUAGGAAGUACAGUGAAUCUAUGAAACAGAAAGGAAAUGAGGAGUUUUCCCAAGGAAAAUUUGAUCUUGCUAUUCUGUGGUAUACUAAAGCCAUAGAGUUUGGUCCCGCAAAUCAUCUUCUGUAUGGAAACCGAGCUCUUUGUUUAAUUUUCACAAAUCAAUACAAGAGAGCCCUUGCUGAUGGAAAAAGAGCCACUAUUCUAAAGCCUGAUUGGCCAAAGGGUCACUACCACUUCUGUAAGGCACUGUCAUUAAUGGGGCAACAUGAACUGGCUUUGGAAGCUAAUAAGAGAGCUCAGGAGCUAUGCAAAAAUGCUGAUGGACUUAAGGAUCUUAUUCAACAAAAUGACAUGUUAAAGAAGACAUUAGAAGAAAUCAAUGGUAUUAAAGAACAUAAAAAGAAGCCAAAGAAGAUGCUUCUUGAGAAAAGCAGAGACUGCAGUCCUUCACGAUCUCUUUUAACAAUCUCUCAAGAACAAAAAGAAAUAAAAGAUAAAAGAAGAACAGAAUCUGAUCCUAAAGAUCAUCAUCAGAAACAUGAUACCCAGAUGCCUGACAUCCAAAGAACAGAAAGCGAAAGUUGGUCUUUCCAUGAAGAAGAUCUUCUACGAAGUCAAAGUCAUCAAAACAAAGGAAGGCCAAAACCCAAACCUGUUGACUCUGAAAAGGCAAGAGAUCACCUGGAGUCUAAAGCCAUCCAGGAUAAACUCACCUAUACUGUGCAACAGGUGGAUUUAAGUAUGUUGCCAGAAGAGUUUAAAUCCCUUGUUCAUGAUGGUUCUACAGCCUUGAUGGACCAGCGAUGUCACAGUGCUGAGCAAGCCUUUUCACAAUUGUUGAGCAUUCUAAAUCCUUCAGAACUCAAGCAACUGAAUCUUCAUGUUAUUAAUUAUGUCGUAAUCAUCUAUGGACAUGCCAGUGCUCUUCUCGGAAUAGGACAACCUGAGGCACUGACAAAGGCUGAAAACCAGUUUAAGAAAAUAAUUGAACAGUACUCAGAAGAAAGAUGUGGUUGUUUGGCAUACUAUGGGAUUGGAAAAGUAUACCUCAGACGAAACAGAUUUUCAGAUGCACUUGAUCAGUUCAUGAAAUCACAAACAAUGGUUAAUCACAAGAUUGUACCUGGAGUAUUAACUUGGCCCACGACAUCUCGGGUCAUUGAAGAGACGCGAACAGAGAAUUUACAGUUGCUUUUAAGGAAUUGUAUUGAGGAAUGCAAGUUUCCUCCAGAACCAGAUGCAAUCUGUCGAUACCAUCAAUGCCAUGGCCACUCCAAAAUCCAAAUAUUUUUUACAGAUCCAGAUUUUAAGGGUUUUAUACGUACUACGUGCUGUCAGCAAUGUAGAGUGGAGUUUCAUAUCAGCUGUUGGAAAAAGUUGAAAACAACAAGCUACAGUGAUAAAAAUGAUAAGGAUUUUCUUCAAGAAUUGUGUUUCACUCCUGAUUGUACAGGCCUUAUUUCAAAAAUAGUUAUCUUCAAUUCUUCUGGUCUGGUCAAAUGUGAAUUUGAACAAAAAAUCACAAAACCCAAGGAACCACCGAGACCCAGUAUUAAACAGAAAUGUUCAAGUCUCAGGAAGUUAAAAAUUAAACAAGAAAGAAAAAUACGAAGAAAGCGUGCACGAGAAGAGGCACGGAGUUCUGCUAAAAACAAAACAGAAGAAAACCAGAUGGGAAAUGAACCAUCUCAAUACAGCGAUCACAGUGGUUAUGUUCAGGAUUUAUAUGCUGGUGAUCGAGUCCUGCAGCGUAUCAGUCAAAAUUCUGAGAAAAUAAAAACAGCUGUUUGCGAUACUUCCAAACUAUUAAAGGAAUUACUUUCAUGGUUUGUAAUCAGUGAGGAGGAUUACACGUCAUAUUCCAAAACUAGUAGCAUGUCACGCGAAGUGAUGGAGCAGCUCAUCAGUUACUUAAUUCAGGAAAAAAACAGAGUAAAAACAAGGGGUUUCAUCCAUGUGCUGAGUGAGCUGGAAGAAAUGGAUCCCAAAUUACACAAAUGGCUGAAACAUCUUAACAACUUGGGACUGACAGCUACAAAGAACUUUAUCCUUCAAUAUGGACAAUCUUUAAAAGAGCUUGACUUUUCUAUUUUAACCACAUUCUGGAAUGAGAAGUACGGCAGUAAAUUUGAAUAUGUGACAACCAGUUCUGAAGACAAAGAAGUUCUUGAUUAUUUCUUAAAACCGCCUCUAGAGAAAACCCGUUGCUUUAUAUGGCUGUUAGAAGACAACAGAGAAAAAUUUCCAUUUCUUCAUCAAGCUUUAGAUGAAUUCUUUGAUAAAAUGGAUGACCCCACUAUUAUAUUAAAGAAACAGGAGAAUGAAUAUUUAUCGACUAAUGGUAUCAAAGUUAAAAACAAAACCAGGAAGAAGAACUCAAAAGACACAAAGUCUGUUUUAGUAUUAUCCAGUGGAAUUAGUACAGCACCACGAGAAGAAGAUAAGAUGUUUAUAGAAGACAAUACUUUAGAUUUUACGAAUUCUCAUGAACCAUUUGUAAUCCCAGAAUCUCUUUGUGGGCAACUAGAGAAAUUUGAAGUUCUCCGUGACAUUUCAAACAGUAACAGUUAUCGAAGACUUUUGGAUAAUAACCCAGAUCAAACCUCUGAGAUCUUAUAUGACUAUUUCUCUCAAAUUUUGGAUGAACAUGGACCUAUGGAAAUUAAUAAUAAGUUACUAGUUGGAGAAUAUGAACAUUUCCCUGAAGAAACUCGAAAGACUGUAGAAGAUGAAGGUGGUCUGAAAUCUUUUCUCCUGAAAUCUCGUCAUUUCGUUAUGAUGGAUAAUCUUAUUGGCUUAAGAAAGCAUGCAGUUCUUAUGAAAGAAAAUACAAACAGAAAUGAGACUAGAGAUAAUGAUGGAAAAAAUUCUAUAGCCUGUGAUGUGCAAGAAAAUUCUUCCCAGAACAAGCUACAGUUAAAUCCAACUGCUAAGGAAUUCAAACCCAUGAAAGCAAGUUAUAAAACUCCUUAUUUACCCUGGCCUCUUCCUGAAUCGUGUGAGUCGAUGCAUUCUUUGCAUAGUCAGAAUAUUGAUACUAGAGAAGAUGAGCCACCAUUUUCAGACAUUUCAUUGACUUCAUUCAAGCCUGAAAAUCCUGGUAUAUUUUUGCCUUGGAUUUCCUGGGAUUAUCAAUAUGAAAGAAUAUUGCCAGUGCCUUCUCAAAUGCCUCUCAUGUCAAAUGUUGCCAAGCAACCUAGUUGUGUUUAUGCUCACUGGGGUAAUGACAAAUCAGCGAUUUCAGACAGAAAUUACGUCUUCAGCAGUUCUAUACCAUCUGAAAUACAAACAUAUAAAGACCCUCAGUGCCAACUGGAGAAUUCCAAUAACACGUUUUAUAAAGACAAUUUUGCUGCUACAAGUAGUACAAAUGAAGCUGAACAUGGUAUACAGGUUAUUAAGACAGAAAAAGAAAGCAGAAGUAUACCUCCAAUGAAAAGUAAUCCUCAUACAAAGAUGAUAGCUGUUCAGGUAAGUCAUGAAGUAGCUGAUAGGGAAACUAAUACCUUGCCUUUUCAUCCAUUUGAAAUGCAACAAGGAGAUAUUCUACGCAUGGAAAAAGAACAUCAGGUCUUAAAGGAGCAACUUAAAGAAGCACAGGAAAAAUAUGAACAGUUACAAAGCCGAAGCUCAGAGGAAAUCAGUGCUUUAGAAGAGCUCCUAAAGAAAACCAUUGAAGAGACUGAGAUAUCAAAGAAUGAACUGGAUUGGUUUCAUAAAGAUUUAGACAUACAAGUAAAAAAAUGGCAACAGGAGAAAAAAGAAAAUCAGGAGAAUUUAAAAGCACUAAGGAAUACAGCUAAAAAGCAAAUGGAUACCAACGAUAGGUAUUCAAAGACCAUUAAUGAGAAGGAGAAGCAGUAUAACGAGUCUCUAAAUACAUAUCUGGAGACCAGUAAUAAACUUGCUAAUGAGAAAGUAAAAUGGGAAGAGCUUAUAAAAAAGAGCCAAAAAACCUGCCAGGCGUAUGCAGAAAGAGCUGUUGAAGCAGAGAUAUCAGUACUCAGGAACUGGAAGGACACUCAAGUAUGCAAGCUAAAUGGAAAAGCUGCUGAUGCAGAAGCAAAUCUCAAAGUCUUGAAGUCAUUGAGCAGCAGCUCAGCUUCAGCAGCAUCUAAGUUUAAGUCACAGAUUGAUGCUUGGGAAAUAUUUCUUUCAAAUGUAAAGAAACAACUAGAAAAAGUAGAGGCCAAGUAUGAAGAAAAAAUUCAGCAGGUGAAAAAUGGUGAACAGAAUUGCCUCACUGAAAUGGAAACUGUGGAUCUUCCUCCUCCUCCCCCCAGCGUCUUCAUAAAUCCAAGAGUGCACAUCAGUGAUCCAGCCAUUGUCAUGUACUGCCCUGCAUCUGCCCAUCCUAAUUCACUUCCUGGAUUUUCAAGUUCUGAAGAUCAAGGCGCAGCCUCUGCUGCCUCACUAAGUACCCAGACCAGAGCAAAGCCAGCAUCUGCAACUCCUGAGGCGGCUCCUGCAAGUGGUGGACCCAUGAAAACACACUCCAAAUCUCUAGAAGGAGCAUCUUCCAAUAAAAGUUUGGCACCUUACCCAUCAGGUCUUUCUGAAAGUAACGCUCAGCAUGUCCCAUCAAACCAGAACCACCAAGAUGCCUCAGCUGUGCACCAGAGGCCUCCUGGACUUCCAAAAACCAAGACACGGCUACAGGCGUUUGAAACUAUUAUUGCACGCCUGCAGAGCAUAUUUCCCAACUAUAGCAGUUCAGACUUUAUUAGCUUCAUAAAAGAGGUACAAAGAAGAAACAGGAACACACUGUCAGAUUUGAGCUCCAGUGAAAUUCUGAGCAGAGUGACAGAACACAUUCUGUACCAGCAAAACAAGGCGCCAGAUUCAACAGGGAGACCUGUGAGGCCAACACCCCCUACUUCACCAGCACAGGCAGCAACGCAGAGUUGGGAAGCACCUGCAGAAGAAAACACACCCAGCCCCUCCACGACAAGAACUGAGCAUAAAAAUGUCUCCAGUAAAAAUCCAUCUCAGCCAAAUCUUCAGCCCUGGGGGAAUGCUGGAGCUAUACCUAAAUCCAAAUGGAAAAAAAAAGACUAUACAGCCUCCAGUGACGAUCCCUGCUCCAUAUGUCGUGAUGAGCUAAGCGGAGACGUGUGUGAACUAGAAUGUGGGCAUUAUUUUCACAGAGAAUGCAUCAGACGGUGGCUGAAGCAGCACUCGAGCACCUGCCCCAUGUGCCGCGUCCACGCUCUGCUGCCUGAGGACUUCCCCGAGCUUCCCGCACGGAACAAGCAUACCUGAACUGCGCCAUGUCCCCACUCCUGGGGGUAAGGUGCAUAGUAGCUGCAGAGCAACAGCUGUGGUGAGGAACAACACCACAAUGUAUGAAGAGAAGCAGAAUUCUCUGAUUUUAUUGAAAAUAGUGGUAGAGCUGCGACUGAUUCAGUAUUUAACCCUUUGUCUUAAGCCACAAGAUGUUGGUACUGCCAUGCCCCACUCCACAGUCUGGUGCUUCUCCUGGUUGCUGCCUAAAUGUGUAAAGCCACUGGAGUUCAGAGGCUGGCAGCACACAAAGCUGGGUGGGCUUUCUGGCUAAAGGAUAUUGAAGGUGUAUCUACUUUUUUUCUCAAAGGAUGGUGCAUAAUUCCUGUAAACAGGGGCCUUUCCUUCAGAGCUUGCACCAUACUGAAAAUAAUCCUAAUAUCAAACAAGUAGGUGACCUGAAUGACAAGAUUUGGAACAGUGAAGGCAUUACCUUCCUCUGCCAUAAAGAAUUAAAUUCAACUGCAGGGUUCAAAUCAGGCUUGUUAUUAUCAUUGUGAAUGCAGUUCAUAGAACUGCAGCUUCUUUCUCUGCAUAAAUCCAUAGCUAAUAAUUCAAAUUGUAGGUAAGGACUUUGAAUAUUGUGGCUCAAUUCUUUAUCCUUGAAAUAUGGCUUGAAUUUCUGUCAUCAUGGAAGAGAUGAUUUGUUUAUAUCAGAAUUACAAGCUUUAUUUUGUUUUGAUAAAGCACUGGUGUAUCUGUAUUCUGUGCGUGAACGUCCAUCCCCAGCAUCAGGUACGGAGUACAAACAGAAUAGUUACCCUGCUGCUCUAAACAUCUGAGCUUGCAUGAGCACCUUCAUCACUCACCUUUAUCUCAAAUAGCCAAAAGACCAGGACUAGAGGGUGUACAGCUUAGCCACUGGGAGAAACAUUGACUGAUGUUUGGAUGCAAGCAGUAUUACAUUGGUUGUAUGAGAUUAGGUUAGCUAGUUCUACGGACUGUUUGUUCCUUCAAAUCAGCAACUGUCCUCCAGAUAAAGUUUUUAACUAUUCUGUGACUAAUCAGUAUAUUAAUUGGCAUUUGGAUCAACAAUAAAAUUACUACUGCAGCUCA